CUUCUAACACAACUGCACGGUUCCUUCUUUUGAAGAUUAUUAAAACACACCGUGGCGGAGUCUAUCGUCAAAAGUCGGCGACGGCGAUUGUGAAAAAGAAGAAACAGCCAUCAGUUAUGGCCGAAUCAAACACUUCUUUAGAGAGAGAAACAGAACAAGAACAAGAACAACUUACCCGGAUAUUUCCCCUUUUCCUCUUCUAAUUCCAACUAUUCACUACCCAAUCUCAUCAGAUCUGUCAAUUUUCCACUUCUCCCUUCAAUCCCCAUACUUUAUACUCUUUAAUUCUCUUCAUUUGAGGUAUUCUUUCUCCCAAUAACGGAAGAUCAACAAAAGGGUCUGUUUCAAGAACAGAACUUCUAGGUAUUCUCAAUGGCCGACGCUCUCUCGGUGAUUCCGCCUGCCGUUCUUCGGAAUCUCUCUGAUAAGCUAUACGAGAAGCGUAAAAAUGCGGCGCUUGAGGUUGAGGGAAUUGUGAAGCAGCUGGCAACGGCUGGAGAUCAUGAUAAGAUAACUUCUGUGAUUACUUUGCUUGUUAAGGACUUCACCAUGUCUCCGCAAGCGAAUCAUCGGAAGGGGGGAUUGAUUGGAUUGGCUGCUGCUACAGUUGGUCUGACUGCAGACGCCUCACAGCAUCUUGAUCAAAUUGUUCCACCUGUUCUUGAAUCUUUUGCUGACCAAGACAGCCGGGUUCGGUAUUAUGCAUGCGAAGCUUUAUACAAUAUUGCAAAGGUUGUUAGAGGAGACUUUAUUGUGUUUUUCAACCAAAUUUUUGAUGCCUUGUGUAAGCUUUCAGCAGAUUCAGAUGCCAAUGUUCAGAGUGCUGCUCACCUUUUAGAUAGGCUUGUAAAGGAUAUUGUUACAGAGAGUGAUCAAUUCAGCAUUGAAGAAUUUAUACCGUUGUUGAGGGAGCGGAUGAAUGUCCUUAAUCCUUAUGUACGCCAAUUUUUGGUGGGUUGGAUCACAGUAUUGGAUAGUGUGCCAGAAAUUGAUAUGCUUGGUUUUCUUCCAGAUUUUCUUGAUGGCUUGUUUAAUAUGUUAAGUGAUUCUAGCCAUGAAAUACGACAACAGGCUGACUCGGCCCUUUCCGAGUUUCUUCAUGAGAUCAAGAAUUCUCCAUCUGUAGAUUACGGAAGAAUGGCUGAAAUACUUGUACAAAGGGCUGGCUCUACAGAUGAAUUUACUCGAUUGACUGCCGUUACAUGGAUAAAUGAAUUUGUUAAACUUGGCGGAGAUCAGCUUCUUCCCUAUUAUGCUGCUAUUUUGGGAGCUAUUUUGCCCUGUAUAUCUGACAAAGAAGAGAAGAUACGAGUUGUUGCUCGCGAAACAAAUGAAGAACUCAAGCAAAUUAAAACAGAUCCAUCUGGAGGGUUUGAUGUAGGUGCCAUCCUUUCUGUUGCAAGGAGUCAGUUGGCAAGUACUUGUGAGGGCACUCGCAUUGAAGCCUUGCAAUGGAUGUUAACCCUUUUGAAAAGGCAUCGCUCAGAGGUACUUGCUUUUCUGAAUGACAUAUUCGAGACUCUUCUGAAGGCAUUAUCAGAUCAUUCAGAUGAGGUUGUGCUACUGGUGCUUGAGGUGCAUGCAUGUAUAGCCCAAGAUGAAUCAAACUUCCGCCAGCUUGUAGUUUUCUUGGUUCAUAACUUCAGAGUUGAUACUACUCUUCUUGAAAAGCGUGGGGCUUUAAUAAUCCGCAGACUUUGUGUACUUUUAGAGGCUGAAAAAGUAUACAGGGAAUUGUCAAAAAUACUUGAGGGACAAGCAGAUUUGGACUUUGCAUCAAUUAUGGUCCAGGCUUUGAACUUGAUUCUACUUACAUCAUCAGAGUUGUCUAAGAUCCGUAAUCUUCUUAAACAAUCAUUGGUCAACCCUGCUGGCAAGGACUUGUAUCUUUCUUUAUAUGCCUCAUGGUGCCAUUCUCCAAUAGCAAUUAUAAGUUUAUGCUUAUUAGCUCAGGCUUACCAGCAUGCAAGUUCCAUCAUUCAGUCCCUGGUUGAGGAGGAUGUUAACAUCAAGUUUUUGGUUCAGUUGGACAAAUUAGUUCACUUAUUGGAGACUCCGGCUUUUGCUUAUCUUAGAUUGCAGCUGCUUGAACCUGGAAGAUACGUGUGGCUAUUAAAGGCCUUGUAUGGUUUGCUCAUGUUACUUCCCCAGCAAAGUAAAGCUUUCAAAAUAUUGAGAACUCGAUUAAAGACUGUCCCUUCGUACUCAUUCAAUGACGAGCAAUUCAUCAAGCGGACUUCUUCAUCGGGGAACUCAUAUUCACAAUACCAUGGAUCUCGGGGUGGUAUAUAUGAAGAUGGUGACAUUGAAGAAAAACCACAAACUUUGCAGAAUGAAUUAAACUUUUCUUCCAUGUUAAAACAGUUUCAGCAAAUGCAACUGCAGCAUCGAAGUGUCUCAAUGAAACAAUCAAUUAACCAAAGUUCUUCUUCUUCAUCAACAAUACAGGAUGAUGUGCAUCAAAGAGAAGAUGAGAGAAUAAAUGUGACAGGUCCAGCAGGAGCACCCGAGAUAAGUAGGCCUCCUUCAAGAACAUCGUUCAGAGGAUUCUGAAUCAACCAUCGAUUGUGGGCUGCUCUCGAUCAAGAAGAAGAGGGUAUUAUGUCGUUGUAAAUUGUAUAUCGUGGGUUAGCAUUAUUAAUAUGUUCUCAUUACAAGAGGGAAAUCCAUAUUAUUAUUAUUAUUAUUCUUUUUUCAUAUGCAUGUCAAAGAGGAAGUGUGGGCUGUUUUGUCUGUCAUAUGGUUGUUCUAUAUUUUUAUUGAAAAUCAUAUGAGGCAACAGCUUUAGUUUGUUUGUAUUCAAUCUUCUGGUAAAAAAAAAUGCUCUCUUUAUUCUACUA